AUGAGAAGUAAUGAGAACCAAGGCUUUUUGAAUACAAAAUAUCCUAUCUCAAUACGAAUUCACAGCAAGAAUGGUGACCCAGAAUCGAAUAUAGAAGUAGAAAUUUUAUUUAUUGAUUUUGGAACGAAGUUCCUUACCGCACGUACUAUUUAUGCUAGUCCAGAAUCACUAUUCCCUGUAGCUUUAUCAUUGGACCGGCAAACGCCCUGCAAUGAUAGUAAGAACCACAUUUUUUUUCUUACUCUCUUUUUUUUUCAAUUCAGUAUAGAACAGUUACAGACCAAUCAUACCGCAAACAUGUCCCCGUCACAAUCACACAAAAGUAUAUCGUGA